AUGGCCCAGAGCGCGGGCCUGGGGCCUGGGCAGCUGGAGGCUGUGGUCAUUCUGCUCUGUCUUGGAUUAUUCCGGUCAGCAACAGGAGCUGAUGGGGCUGAAGCCCUUUGUGGUGUGGUCCCCCAAGCACGCAUCACAGGUGGCAGCAGUGCAACCCCUGGUCAGUGGCCUUGGCAGGUCAGCAUCACCUAUGAUGGCAACCACGUGUGUGGCGGUUCUCUCGUGUCUGAGCAAUGGGUGCUGUCAGCUGCUCACUGCUUCCCCAGCGACCACCGCAUAGAAGACUAUGAAGUAAAGCUGGGGGCCCACUACCUGGACAUCUACUCCCAGGACGCCAGUGUCAGCACCCUGGCACAGGUCAUCGUCCACCCCAGCUACCGUGAGGAGGGCUCUGAGGGUGACAUCGCACUCCUCCGCCUUAGAAGCUCUGUCACCUUCUCCCGCCACAUCCGGCCCAUCUGCCUCCCUGCAGCCAAUGCCUCCUUCCCUAAUGGCCUUCAUUGUACUGUCACUGGAUGGGGCCACACGGCCCCCUCAGUCAGCCUCCUGAACCCCAGGCCACUGCAGCAGCUCGAGGUGCCACUGAUCAGCCGCGAGACCUGUAAUUGCCUAUACAACAUCAACGCCAACCCCGAGGAGCCCCACUUUAUCCAGCAGGACAUGGUGUGCGCCGGCUAUGUGGAAGGUGGCAAGGAUGCCUGCCAGGGUGACUCUGGGGGCCCACUCUCCUGCCCCGUGGAGGGCCUCUGGUACCUGGCAGGCAUUGUGAGCUGGGGCGACGCCUGUGGGGCCCCCAACAGGCCUGGUGUGUACACUCUGACCUCCAGCUAUGCCUCCUGGAUCCAAUACCACGCGAAAGAACUCCAGCCUCAUGUGGUGCCUCAAAUCCAGGAGUCCCAGCCUGAUGGCAACCUCUGCAGCCAGUCUCUGCUCUUCAGCUCUGCCCUGGCCCGGGGCUUGCUGGGGCCCAUCCUUCUGUUGCCUCUGGGCUUGGCCCUGGGCCUCUUCGGCCCAUAGCACAAGCAUUGAGCUACUCA